AUGUCAAAAAUCCGCUUUCUGUUGAUGGGUUGUGCUUGCCUGUUCCUGCGUGCCGCCGCAUAUCCAUCGUCAAAUUAUGAGAUUGCCGAUGACAUUCGACGUCGAGAUGCAUGGGAUCAGGACUGUGCUCACCAAGCCGCUUCCAAUGCGAAACCACGCUUCACGCCUGGUGGUAGGCUGACAAUCGAAACUGUGAUCGUCAGAAUUCCAUUGCCUGCCCUCGAGGAUCGUGAUGGGUUGCAAAUCGAUCCACGUGCUCCAGCUACAACUCACACCGAAUUUCUUCAAGCUCGGGAUCUUGACAAGGUUCCAGACGAUGUUGGUCUUCCAACAACGAUCAAGGAAGCCACCACAACCGCCGACCCUGAUAGAGGAAAUGAAGCGGAGCUAGUGCUUUGCGGAAACUUUGGCUGCCCCAAGGGCUACACCUUCAACUCAGCUCAACUAGGUAUUUGUCUCUGUCGCAAAAUCCACGAUCAGAAUGACGGAUGA